AUGAGGAAUCUCAUUUUUGUUGUCGUAUUUUUGAUUCAUCUUCAACUAGUCGCAAGUUUGACACCACAACAAGCUGCUGAAAAAUUUGCAUUGGACUUCUGGAAAUAUAUGAGAUUGCGAGAUACCGACAUUUACCAUCCGGAUUAUAAAUAUAUCGAUAAAAACGGAAACGAUCUUACAGGUUUGAAUCGCGCAAAAAGUUGAAUCUGUAUUUGAAUUUCAAAUUAUUUUUUAGCAAAGAAAAUAAAAGAACUGCAAAGUGAUGAAUUUGUUAAAAGGUUUAGAGGAAAAUACGAAGAAGCAUUGGACAAUAAAAACAACUUUUGGGAAAAAAUAUUUUGGGAUAGGCAUAUUGCUAGAUUUACUACUGAUGGACUUUUAGAGAUUAAAGAAUUCACAGACAACAAACUUACAUCAAAAUGGUUGAUGAUUCGUGAUUCAGGAAUGCAAGGAGGAUAUAAAUUGCUCAAAGUUAUCGAAUAUAAAGUUUACUAA